UGGAGCAUUAGCAAUCUGCUAUCUGAAAAAAAAUGGUUCUAUUAGUACCAUUAAAUUGGUACUACUGUUUAAAAGUUUGUAGUUUGUCAUCAACUGUCAAUAGUGAUAAAAUGUUGUGACUAAUAUGGCGCCGCCCAAACAACAACAAUUACAAAUAAUAUUAUUGUUAGUGAUAAUUUUUGUGACAAGUAUCAUAGGACAGAAUGACCCUUAUAGCCAAUACCCCAGGGGAUUUCCUCCGAACCAGCAGAACCCCUAUAAUGAGUAUGGACCACAAUUGCCUCAUUCAGACUAUCCCAAGACAUAUUUAUACGAAGGAAGGAGAUUUGGCCAAAGCGGCUAUGGAUAUGGCCUAGGAGUGCCAGGAGAUCCUAGAAUACGUGGUCAAGAUGAAAGUUUCAGUUACGACAGGACUGGACAUGCAGAGCCCAGGUUGCCGGGUAUAUUAUCAGGCUGGAGAGAAGACCUUCAGGGUAAAAUGCGAGAGCAAACAAGGGAGAAAGACAAAUUUGUAUUUGUUAAAAGUACAUAUGGAGACAUACAAGGAUUCCAAGUAUAUCUUUUUGAUGAUCCUGAUCCAGAUUCUUUAUAUAGACCCGGUGCAGAGUUUAUUGAAAGACAAAAGGGAAUAACAUCAGUGUUUUUAGGAAUCCCAUAUGCACAACCUCCUGUUCCACCAUUAGGAAGAUUUAAGCCUCCCAGAGCUCCCAGAGGCUGGAAGUUAAUACAAGCUGUCGAUUAUGGUCCAGCAUGUCCUCAACCCAUCCAAUAUACUGGGGCUACACUAGGUAUUAGAGAUGUUCAUGAAGACUGCUUGUACCUCAAUGUUUUCACCCCAGAUAUGAAAGAAAGCAAAGGAAUAAAAUACCCUGUUAUGGUGUACAUCCAUGGUGGGGACUUCAUCCAUGGAGCCUCAAACGAUUUUCCUGGGCAUAUUCUAGCAACAUUCUACAAAGUGGUUGUAUUCACCUUCAACUAUAGAUUGGGAGCAUUGGGCUUCUUAAGCACAGUAGGUGACGUAAAUUCUCCUGGCAACUAUGGCAUACUAGACCAAGCAAUGGCUCUCAGAUGGAUAUAUGAUAAUGCAGACAGAUUUAAUGGAGAUAGAGACAGUAUAACUUUGUUUGGUCCAGGAGCAGGUGCUGCCUCAGCUGGACUAUUGAUGGUAGCACCACAAACAAUGCAUAUGGUUCAUAAAGUCAUUGCACAGAGUGGAUCCGCAGUAGCCGACUGGGCAAUGAUAUCAGACAGAUACAGAGUCCAAAAUACGAGCAGAGUUUUUGGAAAACUGAUAGGAUGCAGCAUACAAUCGUCUUGGCAGCUAGUAUACUGUCUAACGAAAUCUAGAACCGCCUACGAAAUUGGAACUGCAGAGUUUCCCCCAGAAGUAGGACUGUUUCCAUGGGCACCAGUUAUAGAAAUGAAUGUUACAAUGCCAUACUAUGAAGGCUGGUAUGAAAAUGAUUGGCAUUUUAUAAAUGAAUCUGUUGAAACAUUGAUAAGGAAAAGAUCUUUCAAUCCUGGACUGCGAUAUAUGACUAGUGUUACUCUUCAAGAAGCUGCUACAUUUAUUACAUCGAACAAAUCACUAGUGCCAAAUUUUGUGGUAACUCAAGACUUUGUUGAUCAAAAAAUUAGAGAAUUGGUGCUACGAUACAACUAUACUUUGAACCCCAAUGGAACAUAUGAAGCAAUAAAGUAUAUGUAUACUUAUUGGCCAGAUCCGAAAAAUCCAUAUUACAUUAGAGAGCAAUACAUAAAGUUACUGACAGAUUUUCUGUACACUGCACCCAUGGACAAAAUGGUAAAAUUAUUGGUAGAACAAGAUGUACCUGUUUAUAUCUACGUCAUGAACACGACGAUAGAAUCAUUAAAUUUGGAAGAAUGGAGGAAAGUCCCCCACAACAUAGAGCAUUAUCUUUUAUGUGGAGCGCCAUUUUUAGAUGUGGAAAUGCUACCUUCAAGAGAACGAUUCAAGAGGGACCAAUGGACUAGAAAUGAUAGGAAUAUGAGCCAUUUCUUCAUGAAAGCCUAUUCUGACUUUGCAAGAUACGGAAAUCCGUCUUAUACGCAGAUAUUGGGCAUUCAUUUUGAGGAAGCUAAAAAUGGACAGCUGAAGUAUUUGAACUUGAAUACAACUUAUAACUCGUCGAUCAUGUGGAAUUACAGGCAGACUGAAUCAGCAUUUUGGACGCAUUAUAUCCCAACUCUUGUUGGACAUUUGGUGCCCACAUAUCCACCAACAACCGAGUUUUGGUGGGAACCUAGGACACCCUUGCAGAUAGCGUUUUGGAGCAUAUCAGGAUUUUGCCUGCUACUGAUUGUACUUUUAGUCGUAUGCUGUAUGUUGUGGAGUAACGCAAAGAGGUAAGCAAGGUCGUCAGAUAGGUACUUCAACCCGUACCUAUACCCAUCAGACGUGGAUACAGACAACGAAGGUAUCGAGAAUAACAGAGCUUUAGAGGAAGUAAACAGCUACAUAGACAAAUAUGGCGCAAAAGUGCUACCAGCCAGGACUAAUAGUGCUUCGUCGUUUCACAGCACUUCUGUUAAAGAAAUGCAGGUGUUCGUAAGCCCGGGUGCUAAUGGAGAACCUCCACCAAGGAGGGGCACCCCAGUACUGCCAAGCAAAAAUAGAACUAGAUCUCAAACGCUUCCAGAAGGUGUCCCGCAAACGGACGUUUAGGGAGUCAAAAAAUGUGUUCGUAUUUUAGUGAAUAAGAAUGUGCCUACAGAAUGGGUAGCAGAGGACGCAUCCAAUGUAUAUUUAUUCUAAACUGUGGAUUUUUCAACGAAAAAUAUAGCAUAGAAGAUUUCGAAAGAAUCACGGAAAAAUACUUAGUAUUCUGAAGACCGAUUGAAUUUGUCAUUUUAUGUAUAUGUGUUUGAUCCUUCAUUAAAAGUGUUUAUUUGGAAAAGAUCUGUUGAUUCAUUAGCAGGCUUCUGGAUUUCUUAAAGACUUCAUCAAAGAAAAAAAAAUGGCCAAGAUCGCUAAUUUUCAGAAAAUUCAAUCGAUCUCCAAAAUCUCAUGUAUCGUGCGCAUGAUAUUUGAACCACUUUUUUAAAUCGAAAAAUAUAGUCAAGUAGGUCGACCCCAGAGCUUUUAAAAAGUGAGAUAUUUUGGAAAUUUAGCUUGAACUUUUGCCAUCUAUCAACCUCUAUUAAUUAAUUUAUAAUUUCUGAAUGUUAGCUAGAUAUAUAUAUCCGUCCUUAGAGUAUAAUAGUACAUAGUGCAAAAGCCUUAAGGAUUUUUGAGCUUAUAUGUAUGACUGUUUGACAUGGUAAAAGCUAUUUUGUAUAUAUAAUAUACACAAAGAAUAAAAGUAAAAAUAUAUUAAUCGCCAAGUGCACUUUAAUGUUAUAAGGGGCAGCUGUGGUAUCAAAACGUUAAACAAUUUUAGUAUGGUAUUAUCAAGACAGUAUAAGUGCUUCUCUCAAUAACUAUAGUACACACACAAUUGCAAUAUUAAAAUGUAUACAGUAAUUUUAUAUAAUAUUUAGUCCCCAAGCAGAGAUGGGCAUGUAUUGUUAGUAUUAUUGUUGAUACAAAUGUUCGUGAUUUUUAAAUUUUAACUUCUAAAGAACCAUAUGAAUAUAUUUUUAAAUAUUUAGGAGGGUCGCAGAGAACCAACCAUGUUAAAAUAUAUUUACUUCCUGCGCUAUAGACGAGGAAAGUUUUAUUAUGAUGGCAAUCUUCAGAUUUGAAGAUACAUCUUGGGACAGAUGCAUUUUAAGAGUGUUUUUUGUUUAUCGAUGCUUUUUUGGUCGAUAAACGUCGCUAAUGUUUGGCCGCCCCAGAAGUAUUUUUCGAAAGUAAAACAAAAAUAAUUUGAAAUUUAAGGCAUUAACAUUUGAUUUUUCCAUAUUCCAGAGUUCUUUUGUUUUUUACUACAAGUAGAAGACAAAUAAGUAAAUAAAACGUCAAUAUCAUAAUUUUCAAAUAUAGCUUUAAUUUGUGCGUUUGUACUUCGACACCUGCAUUUUAUUUUUCUAUCAGAAAAACGAUGAAUGUUUUGGUUGGUUCUACUGUUCCAGAUCAGAGUAUGCUGUAUGAUGUGCCUUCUGGAGUCUGAACUAUCUUGCAUUCUAGCAGUAUUAUUGCUACCUAUUUAUCUGGUAAACAAUUUUACACAUUUUGUAUUUUUUUGUAAUGGACAACAAACCUUAAUGCAAAAUCAAUAAAUAUUCGUGAUGA